AUGGACUUGCAGGAACAGGUGGACAAGCUCCGCAGGAGAGAAGACAGAGCUCGUGCUUCUGGGGUAGUGCUUCAGAGGACCAGUUUGGCAGAUCCCUUAUGGGAAGAACUGAGACGAUUCAAGAGAAGAAUAUUCCGCAAUCAGCACCAGAAAAGAGAGCCAGUCUUUUUCGUUCUGUGGAUCGUUUGGCUUUUUGUUGGCGCUCUGUUCUAUGCCUAUGCUCCAAAGAGCAACCUGGGAUUCGUCAAGGGCUUUUACAUGGCCAUCAAUAUUGGCUACUCUAUCGGCUUUGGAUAUCCGUCUGAGGCUACUGUUGGAAACUACAUCUACUUUUCCAGCCUCUAUGUACUACUGGGUGCCUCCUUUGUCGGUGUGGCAUUGUCCUUCUUUGCUGAGAAAAUUACCAAAAACUCGGAAUCAUGGUUCACAACAAUGCAACAUGAAAAGACUAUUGAAGAGGCCAUUUUGUCCUCCGAUAGAUCCUACCAGGGCAAGUUGCAGGCAUGGAUCUUUCACAACAAAUCAGCUCUCAAGGCUGUAUCAGUAUGGUUGGGAUUCAUCAUUGUCAUGAUCAUUUACUCCAUGGUGGCAGUGAAAUGGUCCUUUGGUGAAGCACAAUAUUUUGCUGUAUCAACACUCAGCACUGGAGGCCAUUGGCCAAUCCCAAAUGAUUCCCCAACCUGGUUAUUUGGUUUGACUGCGGCGUUUACAAUGAUAGGGGUCCCAAUUAUGGCAGUCGCGUGCGCUGAGGUGGCUCAAGUUUUGGUUUCACAGGGACAAUGGGACGAAGCAAAGGCAGCAAUUGACACAGUUGUCACAAAGCAGGAGCUGGAAUUUCUGCAAGAACUGGGGUUGGAUAAUUUUGACGGGGAAGUCGACAAAGCCAUGUUCAUUAUUUUGUGCAUGGUCCGCAUGGGGACUGAUCCAGGCUUGAUCAAGUACAUUACGCAGAGAUUUGCAGAGCUCAAUUUCUACACGGGCCAGUCAUUGACUGUUGCGGAAAUCACGCAGGGUGCAUGCAAGUAUGUUGACGGGGAAGUUAGAAAUUCGGACUCGGUCAGCCAGUUGCCGAUCAAUGUAGUUUCAGAGCACGACUAUGUUGUGCCAGAAGCAUCAACAAGCUACCUCGAUUACUUUCACAUCGCCAAAAAACCAGCCAUGAUAAAGGAUGAGAGUUCCGAAGAUACGUUCGGAGUAGACAAUUCCCUCGACCGGUCAUACGAACGAAGAAGAAAAAUGAAGUAUCUUCCAGCUUCAAUUCCCGAAGAGUCUGACACCGAAGUCGACGCUGCUGCUGCCGCCAGAGAAAGAAAGGCAAUCAACACCAAUCCUUCUACAGGCCCCCCAAUUCGACGAAAUGAAAGCCUCGAACUGGACCAAGUGUUUCAGAAAAGCGUUGGCACCUCACAGAUUAGAAGAUCAGAUCGCAUUUCAAAUCGACAUGAUCCAACCUCGGACGUUACACGUAGGCAAUCAAACGCUACUUCCUCCUCCACUCGAACAACAAGCUUAGAUCUUGACGACAUCUUUCCGGCAAAGAACAACACUCCCGAAAGUUCUGAUCCAAUUAACCCAUCAAAGGAGGAUUCUCGUCCGAAUGAAAUCAAAAGCAGCGCGCCACCCGAAGCAAGUGAAGAGGGCAAUGAUGAAGGCAUGCAGCUCCGAAGCAACAACAUCAGGAGCCAAAGCAAUCCGUCUGAUUCAAACAAUCCACUGCAAGACGAUGACAUUUAUAUUGAUGAGAUGGAGGAAGGCCGGUCCCAUGGUUCCACAUCAAGCUCGUUGCUACGUUUCGUUGAUGGUCUGAAACAAGAAUGUAACAAAACAGGCGUCAACGAAGGCAAAAAAGGAACUGGUGAAGGCCUGAAACGAACGAAUUACGCCAACUUUUUGUAUUCGAAACGAAACGAAUCUACAGAAGUUGGAUCGAACGUCGAUGCCCACUUUGUUGCCCGUGCAGGUUCUCUCCUACAUCGAUCGCUGUUCGGAAGAUCUGAAGCAGAAACGACAUCGGAUCAAAUCUCUCCGAGCAAUGACACUGAUAAGCCUUCGAACGACCACCCAAACAAUUCCUAUGCUACAUACCUCGACAAUCUUCAGUCGCAUCGAAACGAUCAGCUUGCGAACGCUUCCUCGGAAUCUUCGGCAGUCCCGCUAGACAACGACGAAGCAGACGCUCCACCAGAUUCCAUCCCCCGAAAGUCAUUUGCAUCUUAUCUGAGAAGAAAGUCGUUCUCUUCGUAUCUUUCGAGAUGA